UUCUCAAGGUUGCCGCGCGCAGGAAACGUUCCUGCGAACGAUACCGGCUCGCCGGACUGGCUAAACCGCGAUUAAUUAGCGAGGGAUCGAUUAAGAGCUGCUUUUUCGCCGAUUCGCUUGGCAAUUUCGAACGAAUUUCCGCCGUUCGCGGUCGUGUUUUCUUUGAUAGCGGCCAGUCGACGUCCGUUGUCUCGUUGCUGGCGAACAGUUUCGGGUCGGAUGGAGCUUGUCAGUGGCCUCCGGCUGAUCUAGGACUCAUACGAUUAGGCUGAACAGACGUUGCACGAGUUCGGGACACGAUUUCGGACGGUUUCUCCGUGUUUGGCGAGGUUCGAGGGUUUCGCGACCGACUCUUGUUGCAGGAGCAAGCAAAUUUAUGAUGCAGAGGGCUGCGUGGUUUCAUUGGCAACCAGUUUCUGAAUUGUCUCAGAGUUAUGCGCAACGAUUGCGUCGUGUUAGGUGAAAAAGUGUAACAACUGUAUUCAAGCGGUACUUGAGUUGGGAUUUUUGACUUCGAGGACUUUCGCUUAUUGUAAAUAUUCGCAAUGAUUAUGCGAAUAUUAUAGACUCUCGCGAACGCACAGUGAUAUAUUUUUAAGCAAUAUCAUAAACAUUUAAAGAAUCGCCACGGUUUUCGAUAGUCGUUAUGUUCCCGCGCGAACAAAUUUGUCCCGCGUCUGAAACGGCGCGUUGAAACGGCCAAAAAAUCGUCGAAAGAAUCGGAAAAAAAGGAUGCCCCGAAAACCGUCGAGUUUCCGUUUCUCGCAAACAACCGCUACUCGGAUCGGUAUUAAUGGCCAUGAUUCCGCGGUUCGAGCUCCGAGACGUUUGAAAAAGUGGGUGGAGCUAUGUUGUGCAACAGCGAGUAACUGAAUAAGUCGCGUGAACAGGUCUGGUCUGGUAAUCAGAAGGAAAUUAUGGAAUCCGGAGUGCAGAGGACUCCGCGGCCCUAUUUGUUCAACGCGAAACGCUGUUAUUGUACGUUCACGGCCCGUGAUUGGGAGGACGGUGUCAACUGUAGCGAGCGCAGUCCUUUCUGACCGGCGCUCAUCUUCGGCGAUCGGAGGACUUAAUGAGAUUCGCUGGUGCCCAGCGUGCGGCGUGGGAACGUUUUCGUAUACGUAAUUCGAUGAUUCAGUGCAUCGGAUCAAUAAGGACAGUUUGAUGCUGUUUUCUCGAACGCAGACGAGGAAAAGACCGGAGCCGCGAUCGUGAUCGUGAUUAUUAUCGAAGGUUGGAGGUGGAGGACAACGAUGAGUGUCAGGGUCGUCGUGAGCGUGACGGAAAUCGCAGACAUGAGUCCGAAAGAUCGGUACCUGGUUGAGGAGAUCGCCCUUUCCACCGCCUCCGAGGACGUGGGGGAUGGAAUUCGAGGGCACGAAAACGACACCGAGUCCUUGCAAUUGUUGUCCCAUCUUGAUCCUCCUGUGGACAGCGUGUACAUGAUAUGCGGGGUGCUGAUUGCUAUGGUGCUGGUAGGCGUCGUUAUCGUCCUACUGGCCGUAACUAUCAGCAAGCUGCGGAAAAGGGAGGAUCACUCGAAUGCCGUACACCCGGAGCCAACCGUCGUGCAGACGGCGACGUCGCCGAUCUCGACGAUCGUCGCGUCCUCGUACUCCGUCGAGGGAUGCUGCACGCAGAUGUCGACUACAACGACGUCCACGGACCUGGGCACUCCGGGUAUCGAACAGGACAACGUGUACGCGGCGAACGGCACCGCGGAACAAUUCGCAUGGCAGUUUCCGCCGCCUUAUCCACCGCCUCACUCACCGGCGCAGUAUGCGUUGUGCAACGGCCAGGAUACACUUGUGCACGCAUUACCGUCGGACAGGCCUGGAUUCGCGAAGGGUAUCCGCAAGAAUAUCGGGGGGCGCUGGCGUCGCCUGGUUAAGCGGAAACCGGAAACGGAGACUUGUGCCAUUCCUCCUGAGCUGAAAGAUCAGCUGAAGACGAUCUACGUCUAUUGACGGAUCAUCAAACCGUUGUCGAUUCCGUCAGACGAGACUUCCACUCAGUCAGUAAUCAAUGUUUUCCUGUACGUAAGAUAACUAUACCAAGAAGAAGGGCGAAGAUGUACAAUAAAAUGAGGAUCGGAGCGCACGACGAUACGAAGCAGAACUCGACACACGAGCGACGUUACGGGAGCCCAGACAUCGUGAAGAGAAAAAUAGGAAAGAACGUGCGGAGCUUUAACGCGAAAAAAAAAUAACAUAUCACGAAGUGCCUAAAAACUGAUAAACCAUCUGACGCGUUGCAUAUUUUUGCAUAGAUAAUUGUAUAUUCGUAGGCAUAGUCUGCGGUUAAUUGACAGUUGUCACCGAGUCGAUCAAAAAGACAAAAAGAAAAAAACGACACAAUGAUUCUGGUCAAUUGUCGACUGUUUUCGUCGGAUUGUAGCAGUUCGAAUUUAAUCGUCGCUCGAUGCCCCGAAUGCAAACCGAUGUAAGAAGUUUUUUUAUGCGAGAGAGGAUGCAGGGACGUUUUUAGAGUUUCUGUAUCUGCGCGUGCGCACUCGAUGAGAGAGAGAGAGAGAGAGAGAGAGAGAGAGAGAGAGAGAGAGAGAGAGAGAGAGAGAGUUUCGUUUAGAGAAUCAGGACGACGGCGUCGAGAACCCCAUGAGACUGAAAUGUAAAAUGUACGACAAGACAAGUUACCCUCGUUGCUUUUGUGUACGUUUUUACAUGAUUAAUAUGAGAAGAAGAAAGUCGCUUUUCAAUCGUUAGUAUUAAUGUAUACCUGAGACAAUGAACGACCGUCGGAGCUGCCCUAAGCUGCUGUGUCCUGUAUGCCCGUUAUGGCAGCUCUGCGCUGUGCCCGUAGCCGUGCGCGCUCCCCCCCAUGGUUGUUCGUUGUUAGACAAAUGACCGAUGGAAAUUAGGCGUAUGAGCAUUAUUUGAAUAAUACAUUUCGAAAACGUAAUUUCGAUUGUUUUAUUUGGCUGGCUGUGUGCUAUUUUGAAAUAAUUUAAAAAGGAUUUUCCUAGAAAAUUAUCUCAUUGCUUCGCUCUCGAAUGAAACGUUCUUCUAUAUUAUAUUUGAAUGAAUCCUUUAUUUUAUUUAAUGUGCUCAAGCAUGCGGGACACCAAUCUAACGGCACAAUGGUGUAUUUGGAUCCAGAAAACGGCGAAAAAUGUUCUUUGACUGAAAUGACCUACUUGAAUCAUCGCGUAUCAAACUGUUGCUCAUAUCGAAUUGCUUUAGACAAAGGAGAAAUCUUUUUAUAUAUCUGAUAAAAAGACACAAUAUGAAAUUGUAAAUAAUAAUUACAUUUUUCUCAGUUUUCGAGAUGAUUCAUUUUCAAGUCAUACAACACCGACACGAAUGAAUAAAAUCGACAAGAAAUCGUA